UCAGAGAGCCCCACAGCUAUCCUCCCGCCUACCCGUGGCGCCUAGGGGCGUGGCUUUCGGUUUUAGCCAAUGACAAAAGGCUUUCGCCCUUCAGCCGCCCUAGCGGAAGGUGGUUUCUUUAGCAAGAUGGCGGCGAGCGGCCUCCGGCGGGCCGCUGCUGCGGCUCCCACGUCAGUGAAGCCCAUUUUUAGUCGGGACAUGAACGAAGCCAAGCGGAGGGUGCGCGAGUUGUACCGCGCCUGGUAUCGCGAGGUGCCGAACACCGUGAACUUGUUCCAGCUAGACAUCACCGUGAAGCAAGGACGGGAUAAAGUCCGAGAAAUGUUUAUGAAGAAUGCCCACGUCACAGACCCCAGGGUGGUGGAUCUUUUGGUUAUUAAGGGAAAGAUGGAACUGGAGGAAACGAUUAACGUAUGGAAGCAGCGGACACACAUCAUGCGGUUCUUCCAUGAAACAGAAGCGCCGAGGCCAAAGGAUUUCCUUUCCAAGUUCUAUGUUGGCCAUGACCCGUGAAGUCACUCAGGGAAAAGGUGCAUGUUGAUAUUUAAAUAUUUUAGAGCACAAAUAAACUCAGUACGUGAUGGUCACUUCCUAAUAGAAUUCCAUUGGUGAGCCAGUGGGAAGUUCCUCUUC